UAAAUCGUUUAAAUUGUGUUUUAUUACUACUCAAAAUAAAUUACAUAAUGAAACAAUAUAUAAAACAAGUUAUUACAAUAAUCUUAAAUAAUAUAAAUCAGUUUCUUAAUGAAUUCUAAGUAUUCGAUAAUAUAAUAGUUCUCUCAAACUCGAGCCAUAAAACGAAAUGUAAACAAACUUUGACCAUAAACAUUCGGGCGCAAAUUUCGUGCAGUGGUAGGUUAAGGUCAACACAUCGCCAGCUGAUAAGAACUCGUGGAAUAAACAAAAUGCGAAAUUUCUCAAUUAUAUAGGCAUGUAUAUGUUUUUUAUGAAAAUUUGAUUAAUAAACUAGACUUAAUCUCGAAAGCGUCAUUUCAACUUUAUUACAUGGUCCCUUAAAGUGUAAACAAUCAUCAGUUAACAGUGAUCUAUGAGUAAUUAAUUUGAGGCUAUAUACAGACUUAUAUUAAAAUUUCCAGGUAAAAUAGCCUAUAUUAUAAAUAUUGAACAGCAUACUAACCUAUAGAGGGGUAGAUGUUAUUAUCACUAUUUAGUGUUAUUGCAAAAUAUCACUGCACACACUGUAUAACUAAUAACCGCAAGAUAGCCUCACAAGAUAAUCAGUCGGAAUAUUUUCGGUAUAGCAUUUGGAAGUUUUAAACUCGUCGAAUAUAGUUUAGUGAGAGUUAGUUGUUGCCUCUGCACCUGCCAUAGACUGACUAACUCAAACACAAACCAAUUCUUCCCUUGACCUAUAUUACCCUUCUUUUGCUAAUUCGUUUUUCUUUUUUAGUUAAGAAUUUUACCAUUGAAUUCGAACUGUGCCUUCUUAUAUGCUAUGACAUCCUUUUGAAACGUAAUCGUAGAGCUGAGAUCUAUAAUCUUAAUUAGUGAUUAGAUAAGCACGUCUACUGUGAUUUAGCUAUCCUAGUGAUAGGAUUUGUAAGUUUGACUUUUAAAGCACAUGUAGAUUUUAAAAAUUGACAAGUAUGUUGAAAAUAGACGAUGUUAAAAUUGGUACACUUCAUGAUUCACAAUAUGUCAUUCCAUUUAGAAUGAAAUAUAUUCAAAACGGUGUUUCUAAAAUAUGGGACUUGGUCAAGAGCCAUGGUAGCGUAGCAGUGAUUAUUUUCAAUGUUUCUAGAAAUGUUUUAGUCUGUGUAAAACAAUUUAGACCAGGAGUCUAUUUGAAUAGUAUACCUGAUUGUGACAAAACAGGUUCUAUUGAUACUAGCAAAUAUCCUGCAGAACUAGGUGUGACAUUAGAGUUUUGUGCUGGCAUUAUUGACAAAAACAAAUCUCUGGAAGAAAUUGCUACUGAAGAAGUUUUAGAAGAAUGUGGUUAUGAGGUUAGUCCCAGUAAUCUAGAAAAAAUACAAACUUUCCGGUGUUCCGUGGGCAUAUCAGGUGAUUUUCAAACUUUGUAUUAUGUUGAAGUUAAUGAUAGUAUGAAAGUAAGUGAAGGUGGAGGCGUUGACACUGAGGUUAUUGAAGUUGUUGAACUGUCAUUGGAUGAAGGAAGAGAAAUUUUGGCAUCAGCAUCACCUACAGCACCUGGUGAAUUUCUUUAUGCAUUGUUGUGGUUUUAUAACAAUAAAUGCCCAAAAAAUGAUUUUGAGGGGAGGGAUGGGGGGUGGUUGCAUCAGCCUGAAAGUGGCAAAUGAAGAAUUUGAGGUUUGAUCAAUGUUUCUCUAGUAAGUGCAUUAUUUAUAAUAU